AUGGCAACAAGAAUUGGAAGUGAGAAGAUCCUUCAUCCAACUCCAGAUCAUCUCAACCAGAGUACUCAAAAUGGUAUCUUGGCCCACCAGGAACCUUCCAUUCCUGCCUUCUCUCUGAUAUCUGGAACCGAUGGCUCAAAGGAGAUCCUGCCCACAAUCGCCAAAUUAUGCGGCACCAUCGCAGAUGAUGUCCAGGACGCUUACCCUUGUACAGUAGUGCAGGAGGCACUGGUAGCAUUAUCGGUCAAAACUCCACACAUGUAUGUGGCGCGGUACGUGUAUCGUCUGAAGGACGGUAUCACUUUUGAGCAGUUCCGCGCCGCGUGGGAUACCACCGUCAGAGCUCAUACAAUCAUGCGCACGAGAGUCGUGCAACUCGGUUCACGGGGUGUGAUGCAGGUGGUAGUGCGCGAGGGCAUUGAGUGCCAAAAGAGUAAUAGUCUCCAAGAAUAUCUCGCAGAGGACUGCCAGAAGGAGAUGCCAUUGGGGGCACCGUUAGCGCGAGCAGGUUUCAUUCAGGAUCUGGAUCCAGCGCGGCCUGCUCAUUUUGUCAUCACACUGCACCAUGCCUUGUAUGACGACUGGUCAUUAGCCUUGAUCCUGAAACACAUCGAGGCAGCGUACGCUGAACAAAGAGUGCCGGAUCAGCACUUUUCCCGGUUUACUGAAUACUGCUUGAUUGCGUCCAACGAACAGUCAGAGAAGUUCUGGCGUAAUGAGUUCACACGCAUGAGCCCAAGCCCCUUUCCAGCUGUGCCAGCUGAGUCCUACACGCCAGCAGCGACCAAGUCAUUCAUUCAUGAAACAACCCUGGACCAAAAUAUGGAUUUCGACACUUCGUCGACGACAGUCAUGAUGGCCUGGGCAAUCCUCAUUUCUCGUCACACCGCAUCCGAAGAGGUUGUAUUUGGCGUCACUGACACCGGUCGGCGCGCUACAAUGCCAGGAGUUGAUUUGAUGAGUGGUCCAACAAUCGCCACGUUCCCUCUCCAGGUUUUGGUGCAAGAUGAUCAAUCAAUUGUCGAGGCUUGGAGACAACUGCACCAUCGUCGAGGAGAGAUGGUCCAGCAUGAGCAGUUUGGCCUCAACCAGAUGCGCAAAUUGUCCCCAGAAGCAGCGGCUCUGUGCAAAUUUCAGAGUCUUAUUGUCUUGCAGCCAAAGAGACGUGAUGAUUAUUCGCUGUUUAGCGAGGUUACUCAAACCCAAGAUCUCGAAAACCAUGCCACGUUCGGAACAUACCCCAUUACAUUGGUUGUCGAACCAGCAGGAAACGCAGUCAGCGUGCAGGCUGUAUACGACCAUCAUAUUAUUCCCGAAGUCCAGAUGAAAAGAAUACUUCAACAACACUCGCAUGUUAUGAAGUGGAUCAACUGUGCGGAGACUUCAUGCGUGGCAGAUAUUGAGGGCUUAUGCCCAGAGGAUCGGAUGGAUUUGCAGACGUGGAAUAGUCUCAGGACUCCCGAAAAUGUUCAAUCUUGCGUCCACGAUUUGAUCUCAGGAAUGUCCCGAUCUCAACCGCACGUCACAGCUAUCUGUGCUUGGAAUGGAGAGCUCUCCUACGAGAGACUAGAAACUCUUUCAAGUGGGUUCGCCAUGCAACUGUUGGAGGAAGGGCUCAUUACCCCAGACACGGUUGUUCCUCUCUAUUUCGAGAAAUCUAGAUGGACCGCCGUGGCCAUUCUGGGUGUCAUCAAAGCAGGUGGUGCAUUUGCCUUGUUGGAUCCCGCCACUCCGUUGAAACGAUUACAGAUGAUCUGUGCAGAUACCAGAGCGCCGUUCGUGGUUUGUCCUCCAGAAUUGGCGUCUAGUGCAAAGGACCUCACAGGGAGCGUCAUCGUGAUCGACACUGAUGAUAGCGACGGCAGUACACUUGCGGUGCGUGCUCUCAAGUAUCGCCGGCCCGAGGUCAACCCGUCGAAUGUUCUUUAUGUCGUUUACACUUCUGGGUCUACGGGCAAGCCAAAGGGAGUGGUAAUCGAACAUGGAGCGUUCUGUUCAAGUGCGUUGGCCUACAUCAAGGUCGUCGAAAUGAAUACGGAAACAAGGGCUUUGCAGUUCGCCUCGUAUUCAUUUGAUGUGAGCGUGACAGAUCAUCUGGCAACGUUGCUCGCCGGUGGCACCAUCUGUAUUCCUUCCCCGGAUGAUCGGAUGAACGACAUCAUCAGUGUCGUUAGCAAAUUCAACAUCAACUAUGCAGACUUUACGCCAUCUUUCCUUCAUUCACUACGCCCUAAAGACAUGCCAAGUCUGAGAACCAUUGCUGUUGGUGGAGAGGCGCUAUCCCGAGCAGUGAUCGACAUCUGGGGCAGCCACGUCCGGCUGAUCAACAUCUAUGGACCAGCCGAGUGCUGUGUGCUUACCACCAUUCAGUCCCAAGUUACCUUAGAUUCAGACCCUUUGAAUAUUGGAUUUGGUACGGGAGCUGUGUGCUGGAUAGCCAAUAGCGAAAACCACAAUCGGCUAGUACCAAUCGGUGCCAUCGGCGAGCUUUUAGUUGGGGGACCGAUCGUGGGGCGUGGAUAUCUGAAUGAUCCCCAAAGGACGGUAGCUGCCUUUGUUGACACUCCCGAUUUUCUACAUGAAAUGCCGGCCUCAUCUCCCCACAAUCGAGUCUACAAGACUGGCGAUCUGGUACAAUAUGCAUCCGACGGGUCUAUACGAUUCCUGGGUCGGAAAGAUAUGCAAGUGAAGCUUCGGGGCCAGAGAAUCGAGCUUGGAGAGAUUGAGCAUUGUCUGAAUCAAUGCUUAGAAGUUGCCGGUUUGGUGGUGGAUGUGAUCAAGCCCAGGAACAACAGUGCCUUGUUGGUCGCCUUCAUUUUGCGAGGCCAAGCCGAGAAAACGGAUCCAAAGAAGCUUCUUCGUGACCCCGAAAAUGAGUUCCGGUCCAGCAUUAUCCAGGCAGAGGCACAGCUACGAAUCCAACUUCCGGGUUACAUGGUCCCCAAUCUGUUUUUCCAGCUCGAGGCGAUGCCCACCACUGCAUCGGGAAAAAUAGACCGAAAGCGAUUGAGAGAGUAUACAUCCUCUCUUGCUCUUGAAGAUCUACAGAGAUAUGCAGCCGCAAAACAGGAUAAGAGAUAUCCUUCAACCGCGCAGGAGGAAGUCAUCCAUGGCUUGGUGGCCCGUCUUCUUGGCUUGAAACCCGAGGCAGUCGGUAUGGAUGAUACGAUGUUCAGCUUGGGAGGAGACUCAAUCACGGCUAUGCGGCUGGCUGGUUUAGCCCUAGAGGCCGACAAGAAGCUGACCGUUGCUGAUAUAUUUGCACACCCAAAACUUUGCGAUAUGGCGUUGGCGAUGGAAGACUCUAGCCUGGAAUCUGGCCACAAACACUACGAGUCCUUCUCCCUCAUCCAAACUCCCAACAUCAAGUACAAUGACUGUGAUUUCAUCAAAUGCGAGGCGAUGAAUCAGUGCAAUGUCACAACUGACUCCCUUGAAGACGUCUAUCCCUGUACAGCUUUGCAGGAAGGUAUGAUGUUUCUUUCCAUCGCCAACCCUGGUACUUACCAAUGUCGUUAUCUCUACACAAUUCCGCCCGAGAUGACUGAAGAGCAACUUCAGCAGGCUUGGAAACAGACCACGGAAGCAAACACCAUCCUCCGUACCCGUAUCUUCCAAGCCGGUACUCGUUUGUACCAGGCAGUCAUCAAGGACGACCAUGUGGUGUGGGACAAGCCCGGUAACCUCGAAGAUUAUAUUGCCGCCGACAUGAAGCGGCAUGUGGACGUUGGCGAACAGCUCGUCCGAACGGCAAUUGCCCCAGCUACAUCAGAUCGACUCCGAGUUUGGGUUUUGUCAUUACAUCACUCCCUGGGUGACGGAUGGACUGUUCGACAACUUCUGGAGCAGACUGCGGCGGCAUACAGAGGGCAAGCCUUGGGAGCUCGUCCUUUCUGCUCAUUCGUUGAGUACGUCGUUGCAAAAGAAGGUAAUCAAGCAAGGGCUUUUUGGGAGACGGAGCUCGAAAACCUCGAUCCGCGCGCUGCAGCUUUCCCGCCAGUUUCUUCGGCCCAAUACUCUCCUACGGCGGGGGUUCCGUUGACACACCCUGUCAUGAAUCUGCCAGACAAAUGCACCGGCCAUACUUUGACAACAGUUAUUCGUCUAGCUGUCGCUACCGUAAUUUCACGAUUUACCGGGUCUUCUGAUGUUGUGGUUGGUGUCACAACAUCAGGACGUAGCGCUUCUCUCGGUGGGAUUCUCUCCAUCACCGGUCCAACCAUAUCCUCCUAUCCCAUGCGACUCCGACUUCAUGCGUCGCAGAGGGUUGAAGUGGCAUUAGCACAGAUUCAAGCCACGUCCAUCCGAGUACUUGACUUCGAGCAUUUCGGUCUUCAGAAUAUCCGCAAAGUCAGCCAAGAAGCCGCUCGCGCCUGUCAGUUCCAGACCUACUUGAAUAUUUGGCCACUCGACGAAUCCGAAGCUCCAGACCCGUUCGUCCAACUGGACGAUGCUGCUGGUCGUAUAGAGUUUGGUGGCUUUGCCCUUGCUAUGAGUUGCAUGCUAGAGUCCCAGAAUAGCGGCUUUACCGUGGUGGCAAACUAUGACCCCGAGGUCAUCUCAGAAGAUCGAUUGACAGGAUUCCUCUCCCUAGUCGAGCAAGUAGUUCGUCAGGUCUGGUCAGAUGAUUCCAUUGCCCUCGGUCAAAUCCAAGCAGAAGACUCGGAGACGGGGAUUAAGAAGCCGCUACUCACGAAUUCCCAGCCAUCUGACGAGAUGGCCUGGCAAAAGCCGACCUUUGAGCCAGCGAGACAAGCCGCUAAGCGGCUUCCAUCGACUCGGGUCGAGAUCCAGAUUCACAAGCUCUGCGCCCAAGUCCUGAACCUCAAUUUAGACCAAAUUGGCAUGGAUGAUAGCUUCUUCCAGCUUGGUGGGGACUCCAUCGGUGCAAUGAGACUGGUAUCUUGUGCUCGAAAGGAUGGUCUUUCCCUGACAGUUGCCCAGAUUUUCAAAAACCCUGUGCUAAGGUUCUUGGCCCUCGCCAUCCAACCGUACAAAGAGCCAACUCCAAGCGUUCCUCGCUUAGUUGACUCGAGCGACUCGAGCCAUCAUUUGAAGACCCAAGCCAUUCUGCACGAACUGGAUCUCGAGCAUUCCCCCUUAAACCGCGACGAUGUCGUAGAUAUUGCUCCAACAACUGAGGUCCAGGCAGACCUAGCAGGACGACCUCAUGUAUAUUGGCUCCUGGGGAUAAAGGGCACGCUGGAUACUACACAGUUGAAUGAUGCUUGUGCCACGUGGACCCAGAAACACAGUAUCCUCCGAACUGCCUUCCUCAGUCAUCGGAAGCAGUUGGUCCAGAUCGUUCUGCGAGAACACACUCCAAUUAUGAUCCACAAUGUCACCGAAAAGGAUCCCAUGGAAAUUGCGAUAGCCUGGUCUCGGGAAAACUCUUCAACAACUCCGGUUCUUGGCAUUCCCUCUCUUUCGUUAGCACUAGUGCAGCAGAAUCCAUCAAAUUCUGUAUUGGUGGUGCGACUCUCCCACGCGCAAUACGAUGGCUUAUGCAUACAAAGGUUGCUGGAAGAUCUUCUCGACCUAUACCAUGGCAAAGAGGUCUCGGCAUCGGCAGACUUCACAAAGUAUGUGCGCCACUGCCGUGAGCAUGAGUCCGAGUCGUUUGAUUUCUGGAAAAGCCUUCUUAUGGGCGCUGAGAUGACACCGCCCAUGCUUCCUAAGGGACUCCUUAGCGCCGGUGAGCCAUCCAUUGUUGAAUCUGUACAGCAGGUACCUCUCAUAGCCUUGCCCCCUGGAAUGACAAUGGCAACUGUUGUCAAGGCAGCCUGGGCGAUGGUGCAAUUCCAGUUCUAUCAGAUCAACGACGUGGUGUUCGGUCAGCUCGUCGCCAGCCGGAACACGGGCAUCGAGGAGUUGGACCAGGUUGUCGGGCCUUGUAUCAACCGCAUUCCCGUACGUGUCCAGAAGGUAGCGGAGGAGCCGCCCCUCCAAUUCCUACAGCGGAUCCAGCAGCAACAUGCAGACUCAUUGCAGUUUGAUACUCCAGGUCUCAAGGCCAUAGCCAAGGGCUGUACUGAUGGCUGGUCCCCGGACACUAUGUUUGGAUCGUUCAUUAAUCACAUACCCAAGGAUUCCGCCGAUGAUGAGUUCAAAUCUGGAGGCUUGACUUGCAGACUGGACGCCUGGACCAAAGGGGCACCACCUCCAAACAUCCGGCUGACUUCGACCGAGGGAGAAAUGUUGAAGAUCAGGAUCAACGCUUCUAGUGAAAUCUCGACCAAAGCUCAUUUGGAUGACCUCAAUGCUAGGGUUUGCAAAACAAUUUUGGAAUUGUUACAGGAUGUGCAUAACCCUUCUGUUGGCAUCUAA